AUGGUCCCCUUUUCGGACAGAAUUUUCGUCGUUGUGCCCGUAAUUGCCCAGAGAAAGGUUGACGACGCCAACUAUGAGAUUCAAGGCGUCAACAUUCUCGACCCGAAACCGAAUUCGGUUCUGAUCCAAAUCAAUUCCACCAUCCAGACAGACGGCCAGGUCAAGGCAGAGGUCGACUCCUUUGAGGCGAAUCUAGCGCUGGCCAAUGUCCCGAAUGCGCAGCCUUUCAUGACUCUCACGUUCCCCAAGACCAAUGCCAACAAGUUCCAGGUUGUGAAUAUCAGUCAGAUUGUCGAAAUCGCCGACCAAAAUGCUUUGCAACAGUUCAACCACGCGCUUUUCCAGAACCGCACGCUUAGAAUCACCAUGUAUGGAAAGACAAGCGUAAAGCCCGCUGGCAUGAGCAAAAAGUACCCGGUCAACGUUCGCAAGACCAUAGAGUUCAAUGGACUCAAUCGGCUGAAUGGCACAAAGCUCCAAGAUACAAGUCUCUCACUUGAUCGAGACGCGCCAAACUUCAACGCCACAGCCGUUAUCGUAAACCCAUCCUACUAUACCCUUGACAUGGGCAACGUCACACUACAGAGCUUUGCAGACGGUCAGCCCGUCGGAAAUGUUGCCAUUGCCAACUUGCUCCUUCGCCCAGGCAAGAACAUGUUUCCCAUUGAGACGCGCAUAAACCAGACAAGAAUAGCGCAAAUUGUCGAAAACCCAGCCUAUUGUACGACCGGCAAUAUUCCUUUUAAGCUCCAGGGAAAGAGGAUUCAAAACCAUGGCGAGGAUAUUACGUGGCUGGCGUCAUCGCUGAGUAACGCCAACAUGAUGGUAGAUGUCAGCAUUGCAGCAAUGAUGGGAAGCUUGGAAAGUGCGAAUUUCUGUGUUUAA